GCCAAGUUGAACACAGUUUCACAUCAUCACACCCGGUGCAAUGCCAUUGUUGCAAUCGGUGCUCGAAGCCCGAGUGUCUGGGCAGCCUGGCUUGCCUGUGCCAAAACAUGAAGUGCAGCAUAGGGCAUAUUUGCAAAAGCUGCAGGAGCGUAAUCAGGCGCACAGGCAGCAAAGAGAGAAUGAUGGGAAGGUGCAGGAUCAACUCAGGCGAGAACAAGGCUUCAGCGUUUGCUUCUCUGGUGCCAAUGCAUCGAAAGGAGGUUUGCCGAGCAAGAGCAGACAAACCAGAGGGAGUCGCUUGCGUGGAAACAGCCCUUGGCGUCGAUGGGAGGAGGCGACUGUGGAGAUCAAAGGGCUUGGUGGUGAGGUCUAUGCAAUCCGUCCAAGUGGAGAAAGAGUCGCACAACAGGACAUGCAGGCCCCAAUCCUGAACUUCUGCAAAGAUGCACUCCCUUCCUGGGCGUCAACACAGAAGGAAGAGCUGAAUCCGCUCGAGACUACACAGGAUUUGGCGGCUUUGCAUCUAAGCACAGAGGUGCUUGACGAGCCCAGAACCGAAGCAACCCUACCUGGUCAGUGCGAAGCUGAUAAGAUAGAGGAGCCGUUUUUCCAGGACAUCUCUGUCCCAGACGACUUGGUAGAGCGCGUGGCUCGACUUCCGAAUCAUUGGCGCCGCGCGCUGCUGGAACUCUUGGAAGAGGCUGAAGCUAUGCAGCAAUGGGAGGAAGAUCAGGAUCAGGAGCAGUUGGAGCAGCCUGAGUUGGAAACCCUCGCGGAGACCAUUCGGCAAGAUCCUGAAGUGGAACUCGAGGAGCCUGAGGAGGUCGAGGAACAGGUCCAAAGCGACGCGUGCGAAGCAGAGCACAGCUCGGAGCUUUCAAAGCAGAACGAAGCGUUGGAGACUCCGGAAGCGUCGGGGAGUUCAGAACCUCAGAGUGAGAGGGAAGAUAGGCUAGAUACGGAAGCUGGAGGAGAUGUGCCGGUGCAAUCGGGCGAUGCGCCAGAUCAAUCCGAGCAAUCCCAGAUUCAAGUGCCAUCUGUGGAAGAGGUGAAACGAUCAGAGGACGAGAUGCCACCUGAACCUACCAACAAAGAUCUUGUUGCCGCAGGUGGUGGUCCUGCAGCUGUCCGAGCGGUGAGAGCAGCUUCUAACGAAGUUAAAGAUUCAAGUGAAAAAGACAUGUGUGGUCCAGAUGGGCUACAAUGUACAUACAGCAAUUAGUUUCACAAGAGUUUCACCAACCACAAAUAGUGCAUGUAAUGGCUUCAAAAAGUUUUGAGGGUUUGCACUGCGCUGUCAUCAUACUGCUGACAGACGAGGGUGGGAGUCUGCAGAAGGAGGUUGAAAGUUGGUUUUGCAAUGUUCGCCGUUUGAAAGUCAGAACAUGUUGAUGCUAUUCGUUGUGCUAUGAUUCGAUGCUUUGUCCUGCAUGUGACUAUAUGGUGGCUGCUUAAGCAUAGUAAUUAUUGUGAAUUGGAG